AUGGAUCCAAGCGCUCUGGCGAUGGCUCCCCCAAAUCCUCGUCCUACGUCUAGUGUCUACAGCGACGACUCGCCCAGCAUGCCCACCAUGAGCCAGCUAAUCCACGAAGUAUCGGAGGAGGCAAAGGACCAAGAAUACGAGACAAUCGCCUCCUACAGGAGAGAAAACAAGGCGCUCGAGGAGGAACUCGCACUUCAUAGAAAGACAUGGAACGGGACAAUUAUGCUCGCAAAUAAAGUCAUAGAAACUGUCACAAUGAUCAAAAAGAGCGUCGUCACUGUUGAUGUAAAAUUAAAAGAUGCAGAGAGAGAAUGGCUAGCAUUUUGGGGUAUCUACAAAGAGUCCCCAGGUUCACAUCCGCCUUGGAUCUAA